AAAUUUGAGGAUUUCCCUUGGUUUUUCUCCACAAUCCAGAAACUGAUUCAGGAUCUCUCUCUUCUCUCUCUCUUGUGCUUAUCGGAUUUUUUUUUAGUUCUGAUUCAGAUCUCUCUCAGUAGUUGCGAUUCUCCUGUGGCCUAUCCACAACAGAUCGCGCUCUCUCUUUGUCUACUUCUCUGUAUAAGUUUCCUCCUUGUCUGUGGUUCCUAGUGGGAGGGAAGCGUUUUCCUCUCUGCGGAUUUCCGAUCUCUUCCCCACUAAUUCCGGACCUCAGUGAAAAAGGGCAGCAGCUCUCGCUCCACUUCACAGUGCGCUCGCGUACUCUCUCUCCCUGACCAGUUUUUUUGGGAGAGAAAGGCACAUUAAGCUCUAGAGAGAGAGAGAGAGAAGGAAAUGGGAUCGUCCUCGGCGGCCAUUGACGCGGGGAGCAAAGGUGCGAAGCUCGAGCGCUACAACACCUACCUCCGGCGGAUCGGCACCACCAAGAUGAUGGCCACAUCCUCCAAGCUCCUCUUCCGCACCUGCCUCUUCAUUGCCCUCCUCCUCGUCCUCUUCAUCACCCUCGCCCCUCCCACCACCACCACCGACUCCUCUCAACACCGCCGCCGCCGCUCCCUCACCUCCUCCUCCCUUCGGGGCGGCUCCCCAUGGGAGAAGCAUAUCCUUGCCUCCUCCACACCUCGCCGGCCCGGCGGCCUCUCCAUCCUCGUCACCGGCGCCGCAGGCUUCGUCGGCACCCACCUCUCCCUUGCGCUCAAGAAGCGCGGCGACGGAGUCCUCGGCCUCGACAACUUCAACAACUACUACGAACCCUCCCUCAAGCGCUCUCGCCAGGCCCUCCUCGCCAAGCACGGGAUCUUGAUCGUCGAGGCUGACAUCAACGACGGCGCGAUCCUCUCCCAACUCCUCGACACCGUCUCCUUCUCCCACGUCGUCCACCUCGCUGCUCAGGCCGGCGUCCGCUACGCCAUGCAGAACCCCUCCUCCUACGUCCACUCCAACAUCGCCGGCCUCGUCUCCCUCUUCGAAGCCGUCAAGUCCGCCAACCCCCAGCCCGCCGUCAUCUGGGCCUCUUCUUCCUCCGUCUACGGCCUCAACACAGACAACCCCUUCUCCGAGCACCACCGCACCGACCGCCCCGCCAGCCUCUAUGCCGCCACCAAGAAGGCCGGCGAGGAGAUCGCCCACACCUACAACCACAUCUACGGCCUCUCGAUCACCGGUCUCCGUUUCUUCACCGUCUACGGCCCCUGGGGCCGCCCCGACAUGGCCUACUUCUUCUUCACAAAGAACAUACUAAAACGCAAGGCCAUCGACAUCUUCACGAGUCCAGACGGCAGGGACGUAGCCAGAGACUUCACCUACAUCGACGAUGUGGUGAACGGCUGCAUUGGUGCAAUCGUCACCGCCCAGAAGAGCACCGGCAGCGGCGGGAAGAAGCGGGGCCCGGCGCAGCUGAGAAUCUACAAUCUCGGCAACACCUCCCCGGUGUCGGUACAGAAGCUCGUGUCCAUACUGGAAGAAUUGCUGAAUUUGAAGGCCAAGAAGAACUUGAUCAAGAUGCCGAGCAACGGGGACGUGCCCUUCACUCACGCCAACGUGAGCUUGGCGGCGGCGGACUUCGGCUAUAGGCCCACCACCGAUCUUGCCACGGGGUUGAGGAAGUUCGUGAAGUGGUAUAUGAGCUACUAUGGGCUUCAGAGCAAGGUGAAAAAAGGAGGGUCGCCGGAUUUACUGUCACAGAGUUGAGCCUUGAAAUUUUAUUUAAACACUCAAAUUCUUGGGUGUGUUUUAUUACAAUUAUGCUUUGUAGAGAUUCCGUUUGUUCUUUUUGGAGGUUGUUUUCUCCUCUUAUAGAUUAUGGGUGGGGGAGAAAUGAUGAGAAGAAGAAGCUAUCACAGCCUGUUCUGCAGAAAGUGUGUCUGGACGGAUUGUGAGGGGAAAAGGCAGAAAAAGCAAAAGUGACUAGAAAAAGAUUUAAAGGUGUUGAAUAACGACAAGUUAAUUACUGGUGAAUCGAUUUAAGAACUUCGAUGUGUAUAUGAGGCUCAAUUCGUUGUUUUUUUUUAUUUUUCUGUGGAUUGUGGAAUUUUAUUUAUUUAUUUUUCUUUCUACUAGAACAUGUGGAGUGGAAGUAGUAGAAAGAUUUGUUAUCUGCAUUCAUGAGGCAUGAGACCAAUCCGUUUUGGCAUCCGGCAAUUGUGGUAAAAUUUCAAUUCAUAUUGCAAAAUCAUGUUCAAGUUAUGAUGAAAUAAUAGAGCAUGCUUAAGUUUUA